AGGACUUUGCUGCCCGUAUCCAAGAUGGCGGCUCUUGGUGGGCGUAGCCAGUGAUGGAGUCUCCGAGAAAGCGGGCUAUGGCGGCGGCUACGGAGAGGAGUUGGGAGGACGAAGCGGAGGAGGAGGAAGAGGAGGUUGAGCAGUUCGUGUUGGUGGAAUUGUCAGGAAUUAUUGAUUCAGACUUUCUCUCAAAAUGUGAAAAUAAAUGCAAGAUUUUGGGAAUUGACACUGAAAGGCCAAUUCUGCAAGUGGACAACUAUGUCUUUGCUGGGGAAUAUGAAGAUACUCUUGGAACCUGUGUUAUAUUUGAAGAAAGUGUUGAACAUGUGGAUCCAGAAGGGAAUGAUAAAACAGUGCUGAAAUACAAAUGCCAUACAAUGAAGAAGCUCAGCAUGACAAGAACGCUUCUGACAGAAAAGAAGGAAGGAGAAGAAAACAUAGACGGGGUGGAAUGGCUGCAAAUGAAGGAUAAUGAUUUCUCCUAUAGACCCAACAUGAUUUGUAGCUUUCUACAUGAAAAUGAAGAUGAAGCUGCAGCUCCAGCCCCGGAUAAACCUUUGGAGUUGGAAGAACAAGAGAUUCAAAUGAAAGACAGUGCACAGCUGUUUGAACAGGAGAAAGGACUACACUCGGAAACAGCUCAUCCUGGACCUCCUGUUGAUACUUCUUCAUGAGAAAGUUCUGUUUUCAUGAAAACUCAAGAUGGAAAUAUUUCUCAUAUUGGCCAGUUAUGAACUUUUUAAAAAGAGGUUUUGUGUAAAAUAGUUGACUGUAGCAUUCGGCCGGCUCACCGUUUUGUUCUUGUCAGCCAUACGUGUAUUCUCAGUUAUGUACCAGAAUCAUGCAAAACCAUGUUUGAAUUACAUUUUUAAAAAUAUGA